AUGGGCUGCGAAAGCAGCUCGUCACAGAGCUCUGCUACGUCAAGAAGCUCCCCGAGCUGCUCUCACUCAGGAUUGCAAAUGCCAUGGGCUGUGGGGUGGUGGGGUAGGAAGCAGAACUGGCUCCGAUUGCUCUGGUCUGGGCUGUGGGAUCCGCGCUACGUCCGCAUCAGCUUCGUCUAUUUGGAGGGGUGGCAUCGCUUUGUGGAACAUCAUCUUUCAGAUGGAAGCAUUCUGCAAACGGAAAAACAUGGCGAUGGCGUAGUCACCUGGACGGAGAACCCCGACUUUGAAAGACGCACGCUCGCGAAGAGGUUCAAGAUCAUGAAGUGCACGGGCGGAUUUGGACCUUAUGUUUCCCAGCUCAAACGGAGGAGCCUUGAUCAUCACGGAUUUUACAGCUUGUCUUCGGCGAAUUGCGGGGACUAUGCAUUGUCUCAGACGUCUGGUUGGGACCGUUGCGAGCACAAAUCGGAUUGGCAAAGCUCAGACAUACCCAGAUUAGUGCGGCUCAGGCAUCGCUCCGAGCGCGAAGAGGUGUUCGAAGCCUUAUGA